GUUUGUCACGAAUUCCCUGAUGCAGUAAACCAACACUGAGAAAGUGUUUGCCUUCUCGGACAGAUUAUUGCAAGCGUCUUGCUGAUUCUGAAAUUUGUGAAAAAUGACCAACCAGUCUCUUCAUGUCAACACUGACAAGUGGAUUGCUGAAAAUGAGAGUUCAUUUCUACCACCUGUAUGCAACAAAUUAAUGUUCUUUUAUCAGCUGAAUAUUAUGUAUGUUGGUGGUCCAAAUGUAAGGAAGGAUUAUCACAUUGAGGAAGGGGAAGAGCUCUUUUUCCAGGUGAGGGGCGACAUGGUUUUGAAAGUGAUAGAGAACGGCAAGCAUAAAGACAUACACAUUCGAGAAGGAGAGAUGUUCCUGCUUCCAGCAAGGAUUCCCCACUCUCCUCAGAGAUACGCAAACACAGUAGGGCUGGUCGUGGAGAGGAGGAGGCUUCACUCAGAGACAGAUGGCCUCAGAUACUUUGUGGAUAAUAGUACAGAUGUCUUGUUUGAACGUUGGUUCUACUGUGAGAACCUGGGAACCCAACUUGUUCCCAUCAUCAAAGAGUUUAUGGAUUCCAAACAGAAUAAAACAGGAAAGCCUGAUCCAGAUGAACCCAUCAAGCCAACCCCAUACCCACUCAACACAAUGAAGGUGAUGGCACCGUUCUGCUUCAGAGAGUGGGUGGAAAAGCAGAAGCCUGCCCUGGCAAGUGAUCAGCCGGUGGAUAUGUUUGGAGCACAGUUUGAGACUGAGACGUUUCUCUUUGGUCCUGGGACAUCUGGAACCUCUAGAAGAAAAACUGAUGGCUGGAUCUGGCAACUGGAGGGGUCCUCUAGCGUCUUCAUGAAUGGCAAGGAGUACAACCUGUCCACAGGGGAUUGUCUUCUUAUUUUUGGAGAGACAGAGUAUCAGUGGAAAAGAUCACAACAUUGUGUCGCUUUGUAUGUUGCCCAAGACCCAGAACGGAAGAGACCCUACUGAGACACAUAAACACACAUGAGCACUUCUUAGGACCAAUGUAUCAACGUUUUUAAUAACAGCACAGUAUCAUGUUCACAAUAAAUCCUAAUCACACAUUAUUAGACAAAACAUAUGUUCCUUGUAUUAGGCCUUUAAAUAAUAAAGAAAAUAUGCUCUUAAAUUGCUUUAAACAUAUACAUGACAAAGUGCAAGUCGAUAAAAAAAAAUAAAAAUAAAAAUAAAUAUCUUGAAAAGGUUUUUAAAUACAAUUAAUGUAAUGGUAAGUCUGCAUCAUAAUUAGUACUGUUGCUUGAUUUAAUUUAAUGCAUAAUAUCUUUCCUAUUCCAUCAAUUAUAAAUUAAUUUCAUAAAACUGUCAUACAUAACUGACUGGCUACAGUGUUGGUACUCUAGGUAUCAAAAUGUAAAAUGGUAUGGUGCUGUCCAAUUUUGGUGCCUGACUACAAUGUGCUGCUACUCAGCAGUUUUAUAAAGUAUAAAAGCUAAGGUAGUGUUAGGUAAUGUGUGGUUAAAGCUAGCUAGUAUAUUUGGCCACACUGUGAUAGAAAUGGAGGUAAACAUGUGAGAUGCGGUUCACUGCCCUCAAUUCAUUGAAAAGCAGGGCUGUAGAAGUGAAACAUGGUAUAACAAACAGAGCAAACAGAAAGGGCAAACCUGUAGACCUGACAAAUUUACUCCAACACUUGUGUAAGGCUGAAUUUUGUACCAAAGCCAGAAUUUUGGUUUUGUCCCAACCAUUUUUGCCUGUAUUAGCAGUUAUUAAACAUAUAAACUGUU